AUUGAGCUGAAACCACGUUUCGCUGUCAUCGUUCAAGAACUAUUUUCUUUAAAUAAUUUUGUAUUGUUUACAGGCAGUAUGGAAGAUGAAAAUACAAAUCAUGAUAAUGUCGAAGACGAGUUUUCCCUCAAUCCUGAUGAUAUCGUUGAAGUAAUCGAGCUUGAAGAUGAAGACGAAGAUGUUUCUCAUGCUGUUAAUGAGAUGGAUCUCCAAAAUGAGGAGGAAGCUGACGAGUUUGAGGAUGAGUUAGAAGCUAGGGGAGGCAGUCAAGUGAAAGAUGAUGCAAGUGUUGUCUUCUCCAAUCAUACAGAUGCUGUGUUUAGUGUAGGCAUUGAUCCACAUGAAGGAAAAAUGGUGGUGACUGGUGGUCAAGAUGACAAGGCUUACAUUUGGUCAGCGACAGAUGGGGAAUGCAUCAUGGAGUGUGGAGGACACAAAGACUCUGUGACCUCUGUAGGAUUUAGUUUUAACGGGGUAUACGCGGCCACAGCUGACCUCAGUGGACUGGUCAAGGUGUGGAAAGUGGAGACGAAGGCUGAAGUGUGGUCAUUUGAGUGUUCAGACAUAGAGUGGUUACAGUGGCACCCACUGGCACCAGUGUUGUUGUCGGGCACCGUGGAUGGUGAUGUGUGGAUGUGGAAGAUUCCUGACGGUGAUUGUAAGACGUUUCAGGGCCACGGCUGUACAGCAGGCGUGGGACGGAUCCUACCUGAUGGGAAGCGUGUAUGUGUCGGAUACGAUGAUGGUGCCAUCAAGGUUUGGAACAUGAAAACAGCUGACAUGAUGAAGACCAUAUCUGGUCGAGACGGCCACUCCUCAACGGUGGUGUGUAUGGAUUGUCACCAUGACAACUCGAUGGUGAUGACAGGGUCAACUGAUGUCACGUCCAAGGUCGUUAACACCAGUACGGGGAAGGUUCUGUCAACAUUUAAAUGUGAGUCAAUGAAGGAAGGAGAAAACUCUGUAGAGGCCUGUGGUUUCUGUAAACAACAGACAUGGGCAGCCACUGGAACACUACAGGGUACCCUCUGUAUAUGGGACCUGCCAACACAGAUUGUUCGAAGCAACUGUCAACAUGAGGCAGGUGUAGUCAGACUUAAGUGGGAUCCCACUGCCCCCCUGGUAUACACUGCGUGUCUGGACGGUGUUGUGCGUCUGUGGGACGGUCGCAAUGGUCAGUGUGUCAACCAGUGGUCCGGUCACACAGACUCCAUACUGGACCUGGACUUGUCAAGAGAUGGGGAAACCAUGGUAACCGUGUCAGAUGAUAAAACAGCAAGAGUUUUCUCCCUUCACACACCAGAUCGAUGAGACAGACAGAACUCGGAACAUGUUAACUUACGCCUUUAAAAAUGUCACCUCUAGAGAGGUGAACAGACUGGUCACAAUUAUAUCAGUGAACAGAGACGGACAGAUAAUUCGCCAUUGUGUCUAAACGACUACUGGAGACAGAGCUACUUCUUACACUUGUACAGAUCACAGUGAACUAUGUAUACUGGAGACAGAGCUACUACUUACACUUGUGGUGAUCACAGUGAACUAUGUAUACUGCCAUUUUAACUACACAUUUCAAGGUCACAGGGGUCAAAUAUGUUUAAAACUUUAAACGACUUCUCCUGAAAAUCCAUAAGGUAUAGAAUGUUGAUAUCUGACCAGUAGCAUGCUUGGAUGAAGGGCUAUCAAGCUGUUUUUAAUUUGAAUGACCUUGACCCACUUUAAAGGUCAUUUUUAUGCUGAGAUUGAUGAAGGGCUAUAACGUUUGUUCAACGUAAUGACCUUGUUCGACUUUCAAGGUCACAGGGGUCAAAUGUUUUUAA